CUGACAGCGGACUCAGCUGGUUGUCAGCGCGCAAAUAUCAAAUCAACUUUAAACUCUCAACUGAACUCGUCGUGUAAACGUAACGUGUGAAUCGCGAUUAGUAUUUUGUUUCUAAGUACGUGUCAAGUGUGGGCAAACUAAAUAUAUAUUUAUAACUCAAUUGAAAUCAGCCCUUGAAACUGAUUCGCUAACAAAAAAAAAAGAGGCAAUAGUGAAGGUGUUUUUAAUUGUGUCAAUACAAUGUUGGAGUUUUAUCCAAUGCCCACGAACCUAAAUCAAGUUGGUAGCAGUUUGUAUUCGCUGCAACAGAAUCAUGGCGGUGCACGUUUCCUGGACAGUCCGAGUGCAACGGCAAAUGUAAACAACGGCAACAUGACAUCCGCCUGUUUGACCAACAACAGCAACAGCAACAACCAUAACAGCAGCAACAACAACAACAGCAACAGCAACAAUAACAGCUCGAUAGCAACAGCUUCAUUAACAACAGCUGUAAUUUCCUCGCAACAACAACAACAGCAACACGCCGUCUCACCAGCGCCAAUUAACAGCUGCCCAACGCCCACAGGUCAUAGUCCCAGCAGCAACUGCGAGAAGAACUAUGAGCUGUGUGAGGGAUGCGGUCAGAAGAUACACGACCGAUAUCUGAUGAAUGUGGGAGAUGCCAAUUGGCAUGAGCAGUGCCUGGCUUGUUGCUACUGUGGCAUGCAACUGCAUCACACCUGUCACGUGCGCAACUCGAAGCUCUACUGUAAGCUGGACUACGAUCGACUCUUUGGCGUCAAGUGUGCCGCCUGUUGUCAUGCCAUUUUGCCACAGGAGCUGGUCAUGCGUCCCAUUCCCAACUAUGUAUUCCAUCUGCCGUGCUUUGUGUGCUACGCCUGUCGUCUGCCCCUCCAGAAGGGGGAGCAGUUCAUGCUGCGGGAUGGACAACUCUUCUGCUAUCGCCAUGACCUCGAGAAGGAGAUGUUUCUGGCAGCAGCCGCCGCUCAGCACUGUGGCUUCGUUGGCCUCGAUGAGGAGGAUCUGUUGCGGCCAAGGGACGGCAGACGUGGUCCAAAGCGACCGCGUACGAUUCUAACCUCACAGCAGCGCAAACAGUUCAAGGCAUCCUUUGAUCAGUCGCCAAAGCCAUGUCGCAAGGUGAGGGAAGCCUUGGCCAAGGAUACGGGACUGUCGGUGCGUGUGGUGCAGGUGUGGUUUCAAAAUCAACGUGCCAAAAUGAAGAAGAUACAGCGUAAGGCGAAGCAAAAUGGAGGCAGCUCAGCGGGCGGAGCUGGCAAAGGGAAUCUGGCAAGCUCCUCCGAUGACAAGGACACGAGUGAGAAGGAGGAGAAGUGCGUGAAACAGGAGCAUGGAGUCGACAAUGUGGCUGGUUUCUUGGGCGGCAUGGACAGCGCCUUUGCCAGCCAACCGCUCAAUCCGAACUUGCCCUUUUCACCGGAUGAUUAUCCAGCCAACUCGAAUGAUAGCUUCUGCAGCUCGGAUCUUUCGCUGGAUGGCAGCAACUUUGACCAGUUGGAUGACGAUGCGGAUUCGCUGUCGUUGAAUAACUUGGAACUGCAGUCGACCAGUUCGUCGGGGAAUCACAAUCAGCACUCGAAUCCACAUGAUAUGCUGGCCAAUUUGAAUACGAGCCUUAUUAAUCCCAUCGACAAGCUGUAUCUUAUGCAGAAUUCAUACUUUAGUUCAGAACAUUAGGCAAAGAUGCAAAUCGUAGUCAUACGAAUUUAUUAGUGUUUAGAAUUGCGGCGUAUAAGUAAUCUGUUGGCAGACACUGUCUUCAACACUACGAAAUUUGGCCAUUCGGCAAUUUUGGCAAGCAACACACAAACAGUUGAGAUUUUAAGCAAAAAAAU